CUCGACUGGACUUGACGUCCACUCGCAGUCAGCCUGCAUAACAUUCUGACAUGUCAGCGUGCUCCUCGCAGCUCACACGCCAGGCUUUCUCUGAGGAUGAAGACAGGAUGAAGAUGAGGGAGAAGAACAGAAGGGCAGCCCAGAAAAGUCGCAAAAGACAAACACAGAGAGCUGACAUGUUGCACCAGGCCUGUGAGAAGCUUCAGCAGAGGAACAUAACUCUGAGGAAGCAGGUGGUAUCGCUGUGUGAGGAACAACGUCUGCUGACUGAAGCUCUGAGGAUCCACGAGCCUGUCUGUCCCAUCAUGCAUUGCCCGAAAGAUGACGUCAUGACGUCCUGCACGGUCUGAGUCUUUGCGUCCGGAGCAGGUUUACCUUCUUUCUUCCUCCAUAAAAAGUAAAAAUCAUCUACAGUAUCAAUCCAUCUGUCUAUUUACCUACUUUACGCAUUGUCAAGUGGUUGUAUAUGCACACCAAGUAUGCUUUGUAACCACACGAUUUAAGUGGCUACUAAUUGUGUGAAUUAAGGAAGAUGAGAUGUUUCAAUCAUGCUACAUGCAUUCUUGACACGUUUUGUGUGGCACACAUGUACUUUGAAUUGAACAAAGACUGUAUAUUGAUUGAAAAUCAUUGAAAGAGUGACCUGCGAUUGGUUGGCGACCAGUCCAGGAUGUACACCGCCUCUGGCCCUAAGUCAGCUCGGAUAGGCUCCAGCAUACCCCCCUGACCCUAAUGAGGAUAAGCGGCAUAGAAAACAAAUGAAUGAAUGAAUGAUUGAA